CCGGAGGAUACCCGACAGCAGACUACGGGUUCGGCAAAUCGUCGAUCGCUUCGUUGAACCUCCGGUUUACCCAACAGUCGUCCAACGGACCACAGGAACCAACAACUUGUACCGCUUGCACAGUGGUCUGGUGGUCCCACCGGACCACCGGACCACCGGACCACUGAACCACCGGACCACCGGACCACCGGACCAACAGACCACCAGAUUAACGGACCAGAGGCCCAAGAAUUGCUUUUCACUGUUUCAAUGUACGUUGACGAGAACCUCGUUUAGCUGAGAUUUGUUUACCGAGCCUCUUUUUGAGCCGAGAGUUUUUUACCGAACCUCAUUUUACCUAAGAAUUUUGUUUACCUCUGCAGAACCUCAGUUGUCCGACGGACCACAGGAAGCAACAACUUGUACCGCUUGCACAGUGGUCUGGUGGUCCCACUGGACCACCGGACCACCGGACCACCGGACCACUGGACCACCGUACCACUGGACCACUGGACCACUGGACCACAUGCCCAAGAAUUGCUUUUCAAGUUCUCACUGUUUCGAUGUACGUCACGGUCGUAGAGAACUCCGUUUAGCUGAGAGUUGUUUACCGCACCUCUCUUUUAACCGAGAGUUUUUUACCGAACCUUGUUUUACCUGAGAAUUUUUUGUUUACCUGUGCAGAACCUCAGUUCAACCAGAAGCCGCCCAUGCAGUGAAAAUCAAGGAGUUACUGUCCACUGCCCAGUAACAGACAAACAGCGAAGGAAACAAAAAAAAAAAGAAAAAAAAAAGGAGGAAAAAAGUUCAAAAAACUAACAAGAAGCAUGCAGGCCACUGCUUGGCAAAGGAAGUUGCAAGAAUCUCCCUUCACCUGGCGGUAAAUUUAACCAUUGCCCCUGAAGGAGGAGGGUUGCAAUUUCUUGCAGCCUUGCAGGACAGCGGCAGCCUUCCUUAUUUGCAAUUUCUGGCCCCAUGAGCAUCAACGUUCGGAAAGCAUGAACCUGGAUGCAAUAAUGUCCAGGUGCAAUUGUAACGGGCAGCCCCCAGUGGUGCUAUGUUCAUGCUUGGAAAGACUGAACCUGUCCCAUGAUCGAGGAGGUGGUGCUGGAGGAGGAGGAGGAGGAAGAGGAGGUAGAGAACAAGAAGGAGGAGGAAGAGGAAGGGUGAAGGCCGGGGAGGAGGGGGAGGAGGAGGAGGGGGAGGAGGAGGAUGAAGCCGAUGUGGAGAAAGAGGAGGAGGAAGAAGAGGGGUUCAGGACAUGGACGUGGGGGAGGAGGAGGAUGAAGCCGAUGUGGAGAAAGAGGAGGAAGAGGAGGGGUUCAGGACAUGGACGUGGGGGAGGGGGAGGAGGAGGAGGAGGAGGAGGAGGAGGAGGAGGAGGAGGAGACGAGGGAAGAGGAAGACGAAGAAGAAUGAUGAAGGAGAAGAAGAAUGGGGAGGAAGAGGAGGACGACGAGGAGAUCGAGAAGGAUGAAGAGGAGGUGGACGUUAAGGUGGCGGAGGAGGCGGAGGAGGAGGAGGAGGAGGAGGAGGAGGAGAAGAAGAAAUGCAGCCACAGCGGGAAAGCCAUGAUUUGGCUCAUAUUACUUUUUUGACCAAGUGCACCGAACAAAAGCUCUUGAUGAAU